CAGUUUAGAACUACUCGACCCAGCCCGUUACUCAUUCACAAGAAAUAAACUCAUAAACUCAUAAAAGACGCAAAAGCCCUAAUUAUCCUCGGUGGUUGUAGCUGAAGCAAAUCUAACGAGAACGAAGAAGGAAGCGCAGCGCAGCCAUGGGAAAGGUACACGGAUCGCUGGCACGUGCAGGGAAGGUGAGAGGGCAAACACCGAAAGUAGCUAAGCAAGACAAGAAGAAGAAACCACGAGGUCGCGCUCACAAGCGUAUGCAGUACAAUCGCCGUUUCGUCACCGCCGUAGUUGGUUUUGGAAAGAAGAGAGGCCCCAAUUCAUCAGAGAAGUAAGCUCUGUAAUGCCAGAUAUUAUUGUGCAACCUUUUUAGUAGCUUAGUAAAUGCACUUGAGACAUUUGUUCGAGUCAAGGCAGGAUGUAUUUGCAUUUUGGUGUAUUAUGAGCAUUAUAUAUGGCUCAUUGAAGAAUUUCUUCUAUUGGAUUAUCUAAGAUCUUGCUUACAGAGUAGCAAAAUAUAAGCUAGCAGUACUUAUUGGUUUUA